AUGCCCGUUCCCACCAAGCACUACACCCCUGAACACCGUCUUCCCCAGCCAGUCCCUUUGCCGUCUGCACAAUUUAUCCCUGAACCACCGCUUACACACUCUCUACCCUUCCCUCCUCCCUGCCCUCCUCUUCCCUUCUGCAGAGAUGCCCGCAAGGGCCCCGACAGCCAGAUCGGGGGUCGAGAUUCGAGCGCUCUACUGAACGAGUUCGACGCUGAACUGGAGCGCUGGGAGGUCGUGGAAGUGGUCGACAUGAGCAGUCCCAAUUCCACCGACCAGGGAGCCGUUGAGCCUUCUAGCCCACGUACCAGCGGGUUCCAAGAACAUCCAAUCCUUAUUGACUUGAAGAGCGGUGAAAAGGAUUCUCCGAACAGUAUCAAAUCCAAGAUUAUUGGUCCUGCUGUGCGCACCAGUGCCACAGACAGAGGGAUCGCGGAUAGCACAUCUUCCAGCACAGAUGCCGAAUCGGACCCUGGGACUCCCGGAAAUCCUGGAAAGUGCGAUGGGGGAGAGCACCGACCGAUGAGGCGGCGAGGCGUGCGGCACAUGGGUGUUCGAGUCGAGAUUCCUUCCAUACCAGACGCUCUCCAGGAGACAGAGAGGCGAGGCGAUAGGACCGAUCCCAGCGACGACAGUGACUACAAUAACUCCAGCGACUGCAGCGAAGACGACGAUGAUGAUGACCAUGUUGUCACUAGGCGGUCGCGGAAGCGGCGGAAACUCUCGGCGCGGUCCUCCGUGUCCACUGUCUCUUCCACAGCUUGCGCAGACGAUCCUUCCCUGACUGCUUUACCAAACGAUAAGAAGUCACGGAGUCCGGCGAAGAAGUACUAUAAAAAUCCGGCCAGUGAUUCUUCCCGUGUGCCCGGUGUCCCACAAGAUGAUACGGUGACGAAACACUCGGGCGAUGACAUACCAGUUUCCGGGUUUCUUUCGAGCCACCUGAGCGGGUCCAAAGUGUGCUAUACUAUAACAUUCUAUCACCAGGACGCUGGUCGGCCCUUAUCAGUGAAGGCAAACGGUCUGUCGCGUCCCAGUCGCAAAAAGCAGCAGCCCGUCGCAACCGGUGUGCGUGUGCCGUUUGCUUUAGAGGACGACGCGCUGCUGAAGGAACUCAAGGAGGAGGGCGAGCCAUGGGAUGAGAUCGCCAAGCGCUUCCCGGGCAGAUCUAAGGCGAUUCUGCAGAAAACAUGGAUGCCGUUGAGCAAGAAUACCAACAGCGUCUACAGAGACGGGUAUCAGCCGGAUGGCCCUGACAGGAGAUCUGGAUGUCCAGGGGCCACCACCGUAGGUGGUAGACUGCUACAACUAUGCACCUCCGACAAGCGUCUAAAGAUCGGCGGUGGAAGCUAA